UGAAACUGAAGAAAAAGUAUAAAACGGGCGUCGUGGUACGAGUCUCAACGCCGGUCUUCAGAGAAACGAAAAGCAUGAAAAAGAACGUUAAAAGAAAAGCUCGACCUCGACCUCAACCUCAAUGUCGUGCACGAGUGGAAAACCAAGAGCUGGACAGCCCAUGGAGGACCUUUAAUUGGUUUAAGAAACAAGAACUGAAAAGGAUGCUAGAAAACUUCACUGUGGAUAAUCCAGACGUAAAGGACAUCAAGGUCCUGGUAGCUGGGCAAAUUGGGGCGGGAAAGUCCAGCUUCAUUAAUUCCGUCAACAAUGCCUUUGAAGGACGGAUCACUUCUAGAGCGCUGGUUAAUUCAUCUGCUGGAGCCAGCAAUAGUUUCACACAAGAACUCCAAGGAUACGCCAUCAGAAGUGGGAGAAAAAAACUUCCCUUCGUCUUCAAGGACAUCAUGGGUCUGGAACCCGGAGUAUUGGCCGGGUCGCAAACCGAAGACAUCAUCAGCGCCGUGUUCGGCCACAUCAAGGACGGCUAUAAAUUCAAGGAGGAUCAGGCUCUUGUUCAUCGAGGUAACGAGCAGGGCCAGCAUUACAUCAGUCACCCCGGCCUCUCUGACCAGGCUUUCUGCCUGGUUUACAUCAUAGACGCUGUGACAGUUAACUUCACAGAUGAGAAACUGAUUGACAAGUUGAGGAUCAUCCGCCAGAGAAUCAGCGCAAAGGGAAUUCCUCAAGUGGUUGUUCUGACGAAAGUGGACGAAGCGUGUCCGUUGGUCAAAAGCAAUCUAAGGAAGGUCUACAGAAGCAAGAAGAUCAAAGAGAAGAUGGAGUUGUGCAGUGCUAAAGUCGGUGUGCCGGUGAGCAACAUCUUCCCGGUGAAGAACUACCACGAUGAGAUCGAAACAAAUGAUGACGCCGAUGUCCUGAUACUAAAGGCACUCGAACAGAUCGCUCAGAUUGCUCAUGAUAGAUUGCUUGAUGAUGCAUGAUUGAAUUACAUGAAACAUUCACGAGUUAUAUCCAUUCUGUUAUUGUGCAUUGUUAAUAAUUGAAUAAUUUAUCCUUCGAUUCGUUAAUUGAACGACGAACCCAUUCAGCUUACAGUUUGAUUUACCCGUGCUUCAAAUAAAAGAGAAAUAAAAACA